CAAUACACUUCUCAUAUUCAACAACCCUUUACUGCUCUCUUGCCAAAUAGGAGCUUCUCUCCCUUUUCAUCUACCACUUGGUGGAAACCACCCAACUCCAGAAAUGUGUGCAUUUGGAUGAUUGGAAUUGAGUAUCUUUUCUGUGUUUGGAAGAUCUGGAGUCCCUUGUGUUGAAACAAAAAAAUAAAUAAAAUUAAAGGGUGAUUGUUGAUUGAGUGUUAGAAGGGAGUGAAGAUGGCAGCAGCUCUGGCUGCAGAUGAUAUGGUCAGGUCUCUGAGUAGCCAGCGGUCCACGAGUAGGAGUAGAAGGAUGAGUUUUGGAUCGGGCAGUGCAAGGAGCUUGGCUUCUGCAAGUGUUAGGGAGGUGUUUGGUGCACCGGAUGGAGACGUGUUUCAGAGAAGUGCUAGGGAGAAUGAUGACGAAGAAGAGCUGAAGUGGGCUGCUAUCGAGAGACUUCCUACGUAUGAUCGGUUGAGGAAAGGGAUCUUGAAGCAAACGUUGGAUAAUGGAAAAGUUGUUCAUCAAGAAGUUGAUGUUCAAAACCUCGGGAUGCAAGACAAGAAGCUGCUCAUAGAGAGUAUUUUGAAAGUUGUGGAAGAGGAUAACGAGAGGUUCCUUAGAAGACUCAGAGACAGGACUGAUAGGGUUGGAAUUGAUAUUCCGAAAAUUGAAGUUCGAUAUGAGGAUCUGUCAAUUGAAGGAGAUGCAUAUGUUGGAUCCCGGGCACUGCCUACUUUGUUCAAUGCUACAAUGAAUAUGAUAGAGGGCUUCCUUGAAAAGAUAAGGAUAUUCCCAUCGAAGAAAAGAGUAGUCAAGAUACUCAAAGGUGUGAAUGGAAUUAUAAAACCAUCAAGGAUGACUCUUCUUCUCGGGCCUCCCAGCUCUGGGAAAACAACAUAUUUGAAGGCACUCGCUGGAGUAUUGGACAAAGAUCUUAGGGUUGAGGGGAAGAUCACUUAUUGUGGGCACGAGAUGUCAGAAUUCAUUCCUCAACGGACUUGUGCUUAUAUCAGCCAGCAUGACCUCCACCAUGGAGAGUUGACAGUGAGAGAGACACUGGACUUUGCAGGACGUGUUUUUGGAGUUGGAACUCGAUACGAGCUUCUCACAGAAUUGUCAAGGCGUGAAAGGGAUGCAGGAAUUAAACCUGACCCCGAGAUCGAUGCAUUUAUGAAAGCCACUGCAAUUGCAGGCCAAGAAUCUAGUUUGGUCACGGACUAUUCACUUAAGAUACUUGGUUUGGAUAUAUGUGCUGAUAUAAUGGUGGGUAAUGAGAUGAUGAGGGGCAUAUCAGGUGGACAGAAGAAGCGUGUCACCACAGGAGAAAUGUUGGUUGGUCCUGCAAAAGUUUUUUUCAUGGAUGAAAUCUCUACGGGUCUCGACAGUUCCACAACGUUUCAAAUUGUUAAAUUCAUGAGGCAAAUGGUCCAUAUCAUGGACGUGACAAUGAUAAUAUCUCUUCUUCAACCUGCACCUGAAGCAUUUGAUCUUUUUGAUGACAUAAUUUUGCUUUCCGAGGGGCAAAUCGUGUAUCACGGUCCACGUGAGAAUGUUGUUGAGUUUUUCGAGAGUGUGGGAUUUAAAUGCCCAGAAAGGAAAGGAGUUGCUGACUUUCUCCAAGAAGUUACUUCCAUGAAGGACCAAGAACAGUAUUGGUACCGAAAAGAUGAACCGUAUCGUUUUAUUUCAGUAGCUGAAUUUGCGAAUCAUUUUAGCAAUUUUCACGUUGGACAUAAACUAUACGAUGAGCUCUCAGUUCCUUUUAACAAGAGUAGAACCCAUCCUGCAGCAUUGGUUACUGAGAAGUAUGGUAUUUCCAAUAUGAAGCUCUUCAAGGCGUGUUUAUCUAGGGAAUGGCUAUUGAUGAAACGCAACUCCUUUUUAUACAUAUUCAAGACAUUCCAGAUUACCGUAAUGUCAAUAAUUACUUUCACAGUAUUCUUUAGGACAAAGAUGAAAUCUGGAACGAUAGAAGAUGGAGGGAAGUUUUAUGGAGCACUGUUUUUCAGUCUCAUCAAUGUGAUGUUUAAUGGAACAGCAGAGCUUGCAUUGACCAUCUUCAGACUUCCUGUGUUUUUUAAACAAAGAGAUUCUCUGUUUUUUCCGGCUUGGGCUUUUGCACUUCCGAUUUGGCUCAUGAGAGUCCCCCUUUCACUCAUGGAAUCUUUCAUAUGGAUUAUUCUUACUUAUUACACCAUUGGCUUUGCUCCUUCUGCUAGUCGGUUUUUUCGCCAAUUCUUGGCCUUCUUCUCUUUGCAUCAGAUGGCCUUGUCCCUCUUCCGUUUUAUUGCUUCACUUGGAAGAACACAAGUGGUUGCAAACUGUUUUGGGACUUUUAGUUUGCUGGUAGUCUUUGUUCUUGGUGGUUUCAUUGUUGCUAAAGAUGACCUUGAACCGUGGAUGAAAUGGGGAUAUUACGUGUCUCCCAUGUCUUACGGACAGAAUGCUAUAGCCAUCAAUGAAUUUCUUGAUAAAAGAUGGAGCUCUCCGGUUAAUGUUUCGGGAUUCCAGGAGCAUACAGUAGGCUUGGUGCUUCUUAAGUCGAGGAGCAUGUAUUUAGAUGACUACAUGUACUGGAUAUGCGUCAUUGCCCUUUUAGGAUUCUCGCUUCUCUUCAAUGUCUGCUUUAUCAUUGCACUCACAUACUUAGAUCCCUAUGGAGACUCUAAAUCCGUUAUCCCUGAUGAGAAAGAUACUAAUCGUAAGACUAAAGGCAAGUUAAAUCCCUAUAGUAAAGCAGCCAGAGACGGGAGUUCAUCGUCUACACCUCCUCCUAUGUUUGAAGGCAUUGAUAUGGGUGUAAGGCAUUCUGGACGAGGCUUAAGUAGCGAACAGAAAGCGAGCAAGAAAGGGAUGGUGCUUCCAUUCCAGCCUCUUUCUCUUGCAUUCAACCAUGUGAAUUACUAUGUUGAUAUGCCGGCUGAAAUGCAAAAACAAGGAAUUGAAGAGACGCGUCUCCAGUUAUUGCAAGACGUGAGUGGUGCUUUCAGGCCGGGGGUUCUAACAGCAUUGGUUGGUGUAAGUGGAGCUGGGAAGACCACCUUGAUGGAUGUCCUAGCAGGAAGAAAAACGAGCGGCUAUACCGAGGGAACCAUCAACGUUUCUGGUUACCCCAAGAAUCAAUCGACUUUUGCUCGUAUAAGUGGCUAUUGUGAACAGAAUGAUAUUCAUUCUCCACAUGUUACAGUUCACGAGUCUCUUGUAUACUCUGCCUGGUUGCGUCUUUCUCCAGAUGUCGACAAGCAAACAAGAAAGAUGUUCAUUGAGGAAGUGAUGGAGCUGGUUGAGCUGAAUCCUUUGAGGGAUUCUCUCGUUGGGCUCCCGGGGGUCGAUGGCCUCUCGACUGAGCAGAGAAAGCGGUUGACAAUAGCUGUGGAACUCGUUGCUAACCCAUCCAUCAUCUUCAUGGACGAACCCACAUCAGGCCUCGACGCUAGAGCUGCUGCAAUCGUGAUGCGAACCGUGAGAAACACUGUGGAUACAGGACGAACCGUCGUCUGCACAAUUCACCAGCCAAGCAUAGAUAUCUUUGAAGCAUUCGAUGAGCUUCUGCUGAUGAAGAGGGGAGGGCAGGUCAUCUAUGCAGGGCCUCUUGGUCAUCACUCUCACCGGUUGAUACAAUAUUUCGAAUCUGUACCGGGGAUUCCUAAAAUCAGAGAGGGAUAUAACCCCGCUACCUGGAUGCUUGAUAUCAGUGCUCCUGCAGUUGAGGCUCAACUUGAUGUCGACUUUGCAGAAAUCUAUGCUAACUCUGAUCUCUACCGGAGGAAUCAAGAACUCAUCGAGCAGUUGAGCACUCCAGCCCCGGGUUCCCAAGACCUUCACUUCCCAACAAAAUACGCCCAACCUUUCAUCACUCAAUGCCACGCUUGCCUGUGGAAAAUGCACUGGUCUUACUGGAGGCAUCCACAAUACAAUGCAAUCCGGUUUUUCAUGACAACAGUGAUAGGAAUUAUAUUUGGAGUUAUUUUCUGGAAAAAGGGGAAGCAAACGUCCAAACAACAAGACCUGUCGAAUCUUAUGGGAGCUAUGUAUGCUGCUGUUUUGUUCCUCGGAGGAACAAAUACUAACGCUGUGCAGUCUGUAGUAUCCGUAGAGAGGACAGUCUUCUAUCGAGAAAAAACAGCAGGGAUGUAUUCUGCACUGCCUUACGCAUUUGCUCAGGUGGGCAUAGAGACUGUGUAUAUUGCAAUCCAAACCUUAAUUUACAGCAUUCUGCUGUACUUCAUGAUUGGAUUCGAGUGGGACGCUGGGCGCUUCUUCUGGUUCUAUUACUACAUCUGCAUGUGCUUCCUAUACUUCACAUCCUAUGGAAUGAUGCUCGUCGCCCUCACUCCAAGCUACCAGAUUUCUGCCAUCGUCAUGACAUUCUUCCUCAGCUUUUGGAAUCUCUUCUCCGGGUUUCUCAUUCCAAGAACGCAAAUCCCGGUGUGGUGGAGGUGGUACUAUUGGGGAUCCCCCGUCGCUUGGACCAUAUACGGCCUCAUUACGUCUCAGAUUGGUGACAAAACAGAUCCGGUGGCCAUUCCCGGGGCUGCAGACAUGACAGUGAAGGACUAUCUCAAAGAUAGCUUGGGAUUUGAUUAUGACUUCCUUGGUGUAGUUGCAGCUGUUCAUGUUGCCUGGGUUCUUCUCUUCUGCUUUGUCUUUGCCUAUGGCAUCAAGUUCCUUAAUUUCCAAAGGAGAUAGGACUGGAUAGGAUAGGAUAGAUAGAUAAAGCAAAUUUCCUUCCAUUCUUAUAAGAGCCCCACAAUACUAAGUGUUAAAAUUUUUAAUUUGUUUAUAGAAUACGGAAUUUUAA